UAACGCGAGCUAGCUGGUGUGGUUGUCAACAGCGCACAGUUUGUUUAUUUUAAUGUGUUCUUGCCUACAUUUGAUUUGCUUUUAUUUAAUAUCUUCUCAUGACAAGUGGUGGAAUGGGAAGCUGACCUUUGUAAGCUAGCUGGCUAGCUAACUCGCUAGUUGUAGUUAGCUCGGUGGCUAAUUGACUGGCAAGUUGUUUACGCGGAGCUAGCUAACCCGGCUGGUUAUUUACACAGCAAGUUUAACAGGUUCGGGGCUGAAAAACAACAUGUUAAAAUGAAAUGGAUAUUGUAAUUGUUGUUGAAAAAGUAUUACCUUCGAUUAUCAAGUUCUUUAAAUCUCGGCAUUGGUGAAUCAAGCUUCGCGAGGAUGGAAAAACCUCCCUUUAAACAGACUCAAUUUUGUGGAGCCUGGGCAAUGAAAGAGCGAUUAGGAACAGGAGGCUUUGGUCAUGUCUACCUGUAUCAACAUCAGGAAACAUCCGAGAAAAUUGCUGUGAAACUCUGUCGACUCGAACUUAGUCUAAAAAACAAAGAAAGAUGGAGUCGAGAGAUUCAGAUAAUGAACAAGUUAAACCACAUUAACGUGGUGACGGCUAGAGAUGUACCUGAAGAAAUGAAACACAUCGCCUUGAAUGACUUACCUCUUUUAGCCAUGGAGUACUGUUCCAGAGGAGACCUUCGCAAGAUGUUAAGCAAACCUGAAAAUUGUUGUGGGUUAAAAGAAAGUGAGGUGCUGUCCCUACUCAAUGACGUUGGUUCAGGAAUUCAGUAUCUCCAUGCAAACAAAAUUAUUCAUCGGGACUUGAAACCAGAAAAUAUUGUUCUACAGGAAAUUAAUGGAAAGCUGGUACACAAGAUAAUAGACCUGGGCUACGCCAAAGAUUUGGAUCAAGGGAGCCUUUGCACAUCGUUUGUGGGCACCCUGCAGUAUCUGGCCCCAGAGCUUUUUGAAAGCAAACCAUACACAGUCACCGUGGACUAUUGGAGCUUUGGGACCAUGAUUUUUGAAUGUAGCUGUGGUUUUCGCCCAUUUUUACACAAUUUGCAGCCUGUGCAGUGGACAAGCAAAGUUCGUAACAAAGGCCCCAAAGACAUAAUGGCCAUUGAGGACAUGAACGGUGAAGUCAGGUUUUCAAGCCACCUUCCUUACCCCAAUAAUCUCAGCAGCACUCUGCUUGAGCCCCUGGAGGGUUUGCUGCAGCUGAUGCUGAAGUGGGAUCCAGUUCAGAGAGGAGGUGAAGUACAUCCUGAAACUAAACAGCCAGUGUGCUUUUCACUUCUUGAUCAGAUACUCAGCAUGAAGGUUGUGCAUGUCUUGAACAUGACUACGACCGCUGUUCACUCGUACCUUCUGAGUCCCGAGGAAACCCUCCACUCCUUACAGCAGAGAAUUGAGGCGGAGACAAAUAUCGAACUGGUGAAUCAAGAGCUUCUGCAGGAGACAGGAGUCAUGCUGGAUCCAAGAAAGCCUGCAGCGCAGUGUGUCCUCGAUGGAGUUAGAGGAUGGGACAGCUACAUAGUGUAUCUGUUUGACAAGAGCUUAACCAAGUACAAUGGACCCUUUACUGCCAGGGCACUUCCAGAGAGUGUUAACUUCAUCGUACGUGAGACCAAGACGCAGCUUCCAUUGAGCGCCCUUAAGAAGGUAUGGGGCGAGGCUGUGAGCUACGUCUGCGGCCUUAGAGAGGAUUACAGCCGCCUGUACCAAGGCCAAAGAGCUGCCAUGUUGAGCCUUCUUCGCUACAACACCAACCUCACAAGAUACAAGAAUCUGAUGUUUUCAUGCUCACAGCAGUUAAGAGCGAAGCUCGAUUUCUUUAAGAGUAGUAUCCAGUAUGAUCUGGAGAAGUACAGUGAUCAGAUGCAGUAUGGCAUAUCUUCUGAAAAGAUGCUAAAGGCUUGGCAGGAAAAUGAAGAAAAGGCGGCUGCGUUUGGACAGGUUGCAGAGAUUGGCCAUCUAGACGAGGAGAUAAUGGCCUUACACUCAGAGAUUGUAGAACUUCAGAGAAGUCCAUAUGCACGACGCCAGGGAGAUAUCAUGGAGCAACUCGAGGAGAAAGCUAUUGAACUCUACAAACAAUUGAAAGCAAAAUGCAAAAUGAACGACUCUCAGCAUGGAUACAGUGACAGUUCUGAUAUGGUAAAGGUCAUUAUUCAGACAGUCCAGAAUCAAGACAAAGUACUGAAAGACCUUUAUGCACAUCUCAGUAAAAUUUUGCAAAGCAAACAGAAGAUCAUCGAAUUGUUCCCUAAGAUCGAGAAAACUCUGGAGAAUAUUAAGGAAGCAGACAGCACUGUCAUGCAGAUGCAAAUGAAGAGACAGCGAGAGUUCUGGCACCUACUCAAGAUAGCCUGUGCACAGAACAUUAACCGCAGUGCAGAGAUAUCUCCUCCUCUUAUGGCCUGGACUGAUCUUCCACGCACGUCUCUCACAGCUCCAACUGACAAUGAAACGGUCAGUCUGCUGGAGGAGAACCAAAGGUACUUAAGCCAGCUCACAAGUCUGCUGCAGGAGACGACUGAGGAGGAAUCAGAAAGUAUCAUGGAUCAAGACUGGAGCUGGACUAAAUAUGAAUCCCUGAUUCCAAAAUUACAACGUUUAUAGAUUCAUGUUACGCUAAGAAGCACACGGUUGAAUUUCUCCUGUCAGACAUGGUUUUUCCUCAUCGUAACAUGUUUGGGUUUGUAGUGUAAGAGUAACACGUCAUAUGUAUCUGUAAUUCAAUUGGCACAAUGCCACCAACUAAAAGCAAAACUUAUACAUACAUGAGUACUUAUUUAUUGUUUUGAAUGUACUUAAUCUGUCCUACAUGAGCUGGUUGUGUUUCAGGUUUCGGUGUCGUAUUUGGGUUUGACUUCUGUAGAUCAGCAGCUGCACUUUAGAGGCUCUCUGAAUGGUGAAUUUUACGGUGUUGGAAAAGAAAACUCAGAUUUAUAGGUGUGCACUAUAAUAAAAUGUAAUCAUGUCACAGAUUAAAAACAAGACAAGUCAGUGGAUUUUGCCAUACAAGGUUAUAUGAGGGUUUUUCCAAAAGUGUCCGUACUUUUUUAAACUCUGUUUAUUAAGAAUAAAUCACUUUCCUACAUACUCACCUUACGAUGCAUUUGUCCCAGCGUCGUACCAACGUUUUAAUGCCAUCAGCAAACGGUGUUUUUGGUUAACGUGUAACCACUGAUGCAGCACUGCUUUCACAUCAUCAUCCUCACAUGAAAAUCUUCCAUCCCUUAAAGCUUCUUUGAGCAUCCAAAAAGGUGGAAAUCAGAUGGCGCUCACUAAAUCUGGACUAUUAGCCCUCUCAGUUUCUCAGACACCACCGAUUACUCCUCCCACCCUCACCGUUUCCAACCAAAAUAUAAAAGUGCAGAAGCUUUUUGAAGAUCCCUCGUAUAUGGACAGCUGUCUAUGAAGCUUUCUGAAAUACAUUUUCAGUUGCUCAUGAAGAAAAGCCUGAAACUCGUUGCUGUGCAGUUGAAAACCGAAGGUGCUUACGUUGGUUGGUGUGUGGUGGUGUUUUUUUCUUUCUGUUUAUUUUUUUAUUAAAAGGAGCAGUGUCAUAGAGUUAUUGGUGCAGUGCCCAGCCCAAAGGAAAGAGAUUCAACACCGUCACCAAUGUUGUCACCAAGUUUAUGGUUUAGAGUAAAAAUCCAUCAUUUUCUGUUUGUUCAAUUGUAAUCAGUUUUAAAUAAAAGUUUGACUUCUCAAAAUGUUUAUAAUAUUGCUUUUAUCUGAAAGUUUUAGUUUUCAUGUUUACCACUAAAUAAUUGUUCACUUUCACUGAUUUGUUGUACAUCACAAAUAAAGAUAAUGUGUCCUC